CGUAACGCUUUCGAUAUAAGCGAACCAUCAUGUAGGAGCUUGACCUCGUCACGACCUUGAUGGUCGGUAGCACAUUACACCUAUUACACUCGAUCUACGAACAUGACAACGUCCCAGGAACGCGUUGAUGGCGAGAAUGCACCAACAGGCGCCAGUGCUGUUAAUCCACGGCCGGAGAGGGUGGUGGAUAGCGACAAAGUCUGGACGACAUUAAUCACGAACACCAAAUACCUCUCCGGGCUACUCACAUUGGACGCGUCGCUCAAAUAUGUUGGAUCGAAGUACCCGCUUGUGGCACUCUAUACGGACACCUUCCCACCAGAAGGCCAUGCUGCUUUAGACCGAAGAGGGAUACCGAAAAAGCAUACUCCGUAUCUUCUCCCCAAGACACACAAGGACUUCACGAACGAUCCGCGCUUUUAUGACUGCUGGAGCAAGCUUACACCGUUUAGCUUGGUCGAAUAUGAACGGGUCGUGCAGCUUGACAGCGACAUGCUUGUGCUGCAAAAGAUGGACGAGCUGAUGGAAAUCGAACUCGACGGCGCAGACAUGAAGGGCAAGGGACGAAGAGUGUUCGCGGCGAGCCAUGCAUGCGUGUGCAAUCCCCUCAACAAGCCGCACUAUCCACGGGACUGGAUACCUGAGAACUGCGCCUUCACGACGCAGCACGACACCCCGGACAAAGCGCAGGUCGAGGGUGCACCGCCUACAGCCGGCCUAGCUAUGCCAAAUGGUGGGCUGCAAGUCGUCGUGCCCAGUGCAGAUGUCUAUGACCUCAUUCUUUCCGCGUUGCAGGGCGACAAGACAAUCAACUACGACUUUGCCGACCAAAGCAUUUUGAGCGAUCUUUUUCCGGGUCGUUGGGUGGCCUUGCCGUACAUUUACAAUGCGUUAAAGACGCUGAGGUGGAAGGGCGUACACGAUGCCAUAUGGCGGGAUGACAAGGUGAAGAACAUGCACUAUCUGCUCAGUCCGAAGCCAUGGGAUGAGAGCCCGGACGAAGGUAAGAGAAAGGAGGGCCGUAACGAGCGCAAUGAGGCCAACGAUUGGUGGUGGGAUGUACAUGAGCGGAGAUUGAAGGAGGAGAAGGCGAGAGGUAUUGAUGAUGGAUUUUAGCUGUAGCCGAGUACAAAUUCCAGGUCGUCC